AUGCAAUUGAAAUUAAUUUUUCGUAGAAUAUUAUUUUUAUUAAUAAUUAUUUUUCUUAUUUAUAUUAUUAUAUUUCGUCGUCGUUCAUUACGAGUUUAUUUAACUGAAACACAUAUUAAUAAAUUAAAAAAUGAAAAUUUUUUAUUAAAUAAUACAAAAUAUUAUCGUAUUCCUCGUAUUAUUCAUCAAACAUGGAAAACACAUAAUAUACCAAUAUAUUGGAAUAAAACUGUUCAAUCAGUACAUCAAUUUAAUACUCAACAAUUUGAAUAUCAUCUAUGGACAGAUAAUGAUAUACAUAAAUUUAUUUCUGAAAAAUAUCCAUAUUUUUAUCAACAUACAUUUCUUAAAUAUAAAUUUAAUAUUCAACGUAUUGAUGCAUUUCGUUAUUUUAUAUUAUAUCAUUAUGGUGGUAUAUAUAUUGAUAUGGAUAAUGGAUGUAGACAAUCAUGGAAUAGUUUAUUAAAUAUAUUAGAAAUACUUGAUUUAAAUAUAAAACAUUUAGCAGCUUUUCCUCGUACAGAUCCAAUUGGUAUAUCAAAUGGUUUUAUGAUAACAACAAAAGAACAUCCAUUAUUUAAAAUUCUUAUAUCACGUCUUUCAUUAUUUAAUCAUAAUUAUUUAAUUGAUUAUUUUACAAUUAUGUUAAGUACAGGUCCAUCAUAUCUUUCAUUAAAUGAAUAUUAUUUUGAUCAAUUAUAUUAUCAAUCAAGAAUACGUAUUAUUGAUGAAAUUGUUUAUUCAUCUAUAUAUACAUGGCAUACACCUGGAAAUUCAUGGCAUGGAAAAGAUGCUAAAAUAAUUCUAUAUAUUUAUCAUAGAUUACGAAAUUUUAAUAUAAAAAAUUUUUAUUAUUUUCUAUUGAUUAUUAGUUUUAUGAUUUUAUUUUUAUGUUAUUAUCAAUGUAGAAAAAGAAGUUUAAAUUAUAUUUAUUAUUGUUUUAGGAAAAUAAAUUUAUAUUAG